AUUUUUUUUUGGUAGAAAGGACCCAAAUUAGAAAUCAAGAGGAAGGAAUAGUGGGAGAUGGCGAUGGCGAGGAAGAUAAUAAGCAAGGAGGAAAUUGUAGAGAAGCUUAAAGACGACGGAGAUUUCGACCGUCUCCGUCUCAAAAUCAUACGACGCCUCAAAGAAAACGAGGAAUUACGAAACAACAUGAUAUCAGUUGUCAAGGAGUCAACAGCUUUGAAUCGACCCGGUGCUCAAAAUAUGAAAACCAGGCAACUCACUGAUGCGAUAUUCGAAGAAGUCGGAAGCAAGAUGUUGAGCCAGCUCUCAGAUGGGUUGUGGGGGAUAAUAAGAUCAGAGGACGGGAUGAAGAAUGAAAUCAGAGAAACCGUGCAAUCCGUCUAUGCGACAUUAACGGGAGGCGUUCAAGACGGAUCAUCCUUCAGAGAAGCCAAACAUAACGUCCCAACACCGGUCCCAAAAGGUGAAACCUCGUCUUAUCCCCAUUUAGAGGCGAGUAAACAGAAGCAAAAGCUGAUUCAUGUAGCUGUACAAGGAAACAAAGCAGAAGCAUGUAGUAGUAGUAGCAACAAAGUUAAUAACAUCGACAACAACAACAACAUUAGUGAUGACGAAGAUCCUGAACUCCCUCCUGGUUUUGGCUAAAAGUUUGUAUAUAUUUGUAUUAAAAAAACUCCUUACUGUGGACGGCAAAAAGAAAAAAAAAAACUCCUUACUGUGGAUGGCAAAAAAAAAAAAACUCCUU